AAACGUGUAGCCAUGUUUAUGUCAACUGCUUUCUUUGCAAGAGUGGUCGAAUAAGAAGGAAUUCAAACAUGUCAGUCGGUAAUGAUGCCGUUCAAUAACUUAUGUCAUAAUUGCCGUGUCAUCUUGAAACAGCUGCAUCGGCGGCUUCACGGUACAAAAGACUUUCACUUUUUAUCUUCUAUACACAACAACAACAACAGCCAAAGGAAACGCGUUAAUCUGCAGAUAAUUUUUUUCCCAACUGCAAGAAAAUCGUCCGAAGUGAAAGAGCAGCAGGAUAAUUCAUUCUUCAUUACCACACCUAUAUUCUAUGUCAAUGCUGCACCACACAUCGGUCAUCUUCACACAGCAGUGCUGGCUGAUGCUGUUCAGAGGUGGAAAACGCUAAAUGGGUCACACACGAUCUUCUCCACUGGUACAGAUGAACAUGGACUCAAGGUACAACAUGCAGCAGGUAAAGCAGGUGUGGAACCAGGUGUGUUUUGUGAUCAAGUCUCACAAAAGUUCCAGAAUUUGUUCCGUGAGGCAAAUAUAGGAACCACAGAUUUCAUCCGUACAACAGAAGAGCGGCAUGAGCGUGCUGUGUCUAAAUUUUGGAAAACUCUUGUUGAUAAUGAUCACAUUUACAAAGGAUUGUAUGAAGGGUGGUACUGUACAUCAGAUGAGGCAUUUCUCACAGAAUCACAGGUUACCUCCCUUGUGGACAAAGAUGGCGUUACAACAAAGAUAUCGUCUGAGAGUGGCCAGCCUGUAGAAUGGAUGACAGAGGAGAAUUACAUGUUCAAAUUGAGCAAAUUUGGGUCACACUUGACAGAUUGGAUUAACAGGGGAGUGAUUUUUCCCUCCAAGUUUGAGUCACUAGUAAGAAGCUGGCUGGCAGAUGGGUUGCCGGAUCUGUCAGUCUCUCGUCAGAGGGAUCGUCUUCAGUGGGGAAUAUCCGUGCCUGGCGAUCACUCCCAAACUAUUUACGUCUGGCUGGAUGCAUUGGUAAACUAUCUGACUGUGGCAGGAUAUCCCUAUGGGGGUUUUCAUUGGCCGCCUGAUUGUCAUGUGAUUGGAAAAGAUAUCCUGAAGUUCCAUGCCGUGUACUGGCCAGCAUUUCUCAUGGCCGCUGGACUGGAGCCUCCAAAGAGGAUUGUCUGCCAUUCCCAUUGGACUGUCAAUAAUGAAAAAAUGUCAAAAAGUCGAGGGAAUGUUGUAGACCCAGUGGAGCGUAUUCAGAUGUUCUCGGCGGACGGCAUGAGGUAUUUUCUGCUGAAAGAGUCCGUGCCUCACUCAGAUGGCAAUUACACAGAUGAAAAGGUCAUGCAGGUCAUCAACAGUGACCUUGUGAACACCCUGGGCAAUCUCCUGCAGAGGUGUACUUCUCUCUCCGUGAACCCUGAUCAGGUUAUACCACCUCUGCAUGGAGAGUCCUUUAGCAACCACUUUACUCAGGAAGAAAUAGACAGAUAUGACAGACUUCUUACCCUCCAAGAAAGAGUGGAUGUUCAUUACAGUGACUUCAAUAUAGACAAAGGAUUAGAUAUCGUCAUGUCAGAGUUAAGAUGGGCUAAUGGUCUGAUACAGCACCAUAAACCAUGGGAACUAGUCAAAAGCACUGAUCAAAAACAAUAUUUAGAAGCGCUGCUGCACAUUGCCAUGGAAACCUUGGUGGUAUGUGGGAUUGUUCUACAGCCAAUCAUACCUGACAUGGCUGACAAACUUCUGACAAGACUUGGGGUGCCAAUGAAAAACAGAACCUGCACAGGUGAAAAUGUUUGGCUUCGGAAAAUGCGGAACUGUGGCACUCCUCAUAGCCUUGGUGAACAGGAUGGUGUUUUGAUGCGGCGUUUAGAUCAGAAAGUUUUACAAGGGAGGAAAAAGACUUAGCCAGUGACAGACAAGGUUUUACACUUUUCCAUUACUGUCAAUUUAAUAAAACUGGCCCGUAUGUAGGAAUGUCACCAACCUACAGAUGGUUGUGGGUUUCCCCUGAGCCCUGCCCAGUCGGCUGCCACAGUAAUGCUGACCUCCAUCGUAUUUAAGUGAAAUAUUUUUGAGUACAGCAUAAAAAAACAGCAAUCAGAUAAAUAAAUUCAAGCCUUAAAGGUGACCAGUAAUGUCAGUGUCUUUCACUUCCUGAGUGGUGACCUUAAAGAAUUACAGCAUCUGCUCUUGUUUAGACUUCACACUGUGUUGUGGCGAAAAUUUUGUGUGACAUUUAAAAAAAAAAACUUCUGUGAUGACAGUAACAUUAGAAAUCUGAAGGACGUAAGUGCAAAGCUUAAAGGAUACAUCGCUAGCAACCUGCGGAUGGUCGUGGGUUUUCCCCUGGGCUCUGCCCUGUUUCUUCCCACCAUAAUGGUGGCCGCCGUCCUAUAAGUGAAAUAUUCUUGAGUACGGCGUAAAACAGCAAUCAAAUAAAUGAAAAAGUACAAUAUAACGAAGAGUAUGAUUUG